CGUGACUUCUUCUGCCCCCAAAUUUCUCAACGUUGUCCUUAAGGAGGAGGAGAUGAAGAAGACGGAUGCUUGAUAUGGCCGGAACCGCCACUACCGAGUUCCGGUGGAAACCACCUCCACAGCCUCCGCCACAACAGCAAACCAUAUCCGAUUCAGAUUCAGACUCCGGAUCCGAUUCAGAAAACCACCAACACCGUCACAAUGAUCUAUCAAACUCCAUCUUCAAAGCUUACCUCGAUUGCCAUUCAUCUUCGUCUCCCUCUUCAGUCGAUCUCGCUAAGAUCCAAUCGUUUCUCGCAUCGUCUUCCUCUGGAGCUGUUUCGUGUCUCAUCUGUCUUGAACGCAUCAAACGAACCGAUCCUACAUGGUCCUGCACUUCCUCAUGCUUCGCUGUAUUUCACCUUUUCUGCAUCCAGUCAUGGGCUCGUCAGUGCUUAGAUCUACAAGCUGCACGUGCAGUCACGCGACCUUCUUCAAGUCCGACAGAAACGGAGGCGGUCUGGAACUGUCCGAAAUGCAGAUCGUCGUAUCAGAAAUCGAAGAUUCCAAGGCGGUACCUUUGUUACUGCGGCAAGGAGGAGGAUCCUCCGGCGGAUAAUCCAUGGAUCUUGCCUCAUUCUUGCGGUGAGGUCUGUGAGCGGCCGUUGAGUAGUAAUUGUGGUCACUGCUGUUUGCUAUUGUGUCACCCUGGACCUUGUGCUUCUUGCCCCAAGCUCGUGAAGGCUAAAUGCUUUUGUGGAGGUGUUGAAGAUGUUCGUAGAUGUGGGCACAAGAAUUUCUCUUGCGGCGACGUUUGUGAGAGAGUCUUGGAUUGUAAUGUCCAUCAGUGUAGAGAGAUUUGUCAUGAUGGGGAGUGUCCACCGUGCAGGGAGCGCGCGGUUUACAAGUGUUGCUGUGGUAAGGUGAAGGAAGAGAAAGAUUGCUGCGAGAGAGUGUUUAGGUGUGAGGCUUCUUGUGAGAAUAUGCUUAACUGUGGCAAACAUGUAUGCGAGAGAGGCUGUCACUCGGGGGAAUGUGGAUUGUGUCCAUAUCAGGGAAAGAGGAGUUGUCCCUGUGGCAAGAGAUUUUACCAAGGCUUGUCUUGUGAUGUUGUGGCGCCUUUAUGUGGCGGCACCUGUGAUAAAGUUCUUGGUUGUGGUUACCAUAGGUGUCCAGAGAGGUGCCACCGCGGUUCGUGCCUUGAGACUUGCAGGAUUGUGGUUACUAAGUCUUGCAGAUGCGGAGGAACGAAAAAACAGGUUCCUUGCCAUCAAGAGUUGGCGUGUGAGAGGAAAUGCCAGAGAGUGAGAGAUUGUGCACGUCAUGCAUGUAGACGCCGAUGUUGUGAUGGUGAAUGUCCACCAUGCUCAGAGAUUUGUGGAAAAAGACUCCGUUGCAGGAAUCACAAAUGCCAGUCUCCUUGUCACCAAGGUCCAUGUGCUCCUUGUCCAAUAAUGGUAACAAUAUCUUGUGCUUGUGGUGAGACGCAUUUUGAGGUACCCUGUGGCACUGAAACAAAUCAGAAACCUCCUAGAUGUCGUAAAUUAUGUCACAUAACCCAAUUGUGCAGGCAUGGGCAAAACCAAAAGCCUCAUAAAUGCCACUAUGGUGCUUGUCCUCCAUGUCGACUCCUUUGUGAUGAAGAAUACCCAUGUGGGCACAAGUGCAAACUAAGUGUCCAGAGCUUGUCUGGAGGCCCUGUGUAGGCCACCAUCUGGCAGCAGAGAAAAUGAUGGUUUGCUCUGACAAAACUCAAUUUGCAUGCGAUAAUUUAUGUGGAAACCCUCUUCCAUGUGGGAAUCAUUACUGUUCGUUUACCUGUCAUCCCCUGGAAAUAAAAAGUUCAUCAUUGGAUAAAAGAAGUGAGACUUGUGAAAAGUGUGAUCUCCGCUGUCAAAAGGAGAGAACACCACGAUGCCAACAUCCUUGUCCUCGACGAUGCCAUCCUGGAGACUGUCCACCUUGCAAAACUCUGGUGAAGAGGUCAUGUCACUGUGGUACGAUGGUGCAUGCAUUCGAGUGUAUUUACUAUAAUACACUGUCUGAGAAGGACCAAACGAAAGCCCGCUCAUGCCGUGGUCCUUGUCACAGAAAAUUGCCAAACUGUACGCAUCUGUGUCCGGAGAUAUGUCAUCCUGGGCAGUGUCCAUUGCCAGAAAAAUGCGGGAAAAAGGUGGUUGCUCGUUGCAAGUGCCUAACAUUGAAGAAGGAAUGGUUAUGCCAAGAUGUUCAAGCAGCCCAUAGGGCCACAGGUUCUGAUCCUAAAGAAGUACCGAAGAACCAGUUCGGUGUCGGCCUCCUCCCUUGCGAUUCCAACUGUAAGAGCAAACUACAGAUGGCUGAAUCGGUGUUACAACAGCGCAAUGUCAAAGUGAUUGAGGAGAAGGAGGAGCCGAGCGGGAAAAAUGCAUCAAAGCGAAGGAAAAGGCGUGAACGGGGUCAGGACGUUAAGGAGACCACAAGGCUGCAGAAACUUGCUGUCGCCACAAAGAGGAUACUGAUGGUCGUGAUGUUAAUGGCUAUGCUAGCCGCUGUUACAUAUUAUGGUUAUAAGGGAAUCUUGUGGCUUUCUGAUUGGAUGAAUGAACUCGAAGAACAAAGACAAAAGUCUAGAAGAUACCCCCGAAUCUAGUUCGUUCGAGAAUUCUUCCUUCUCAAGCUUUUGACCUGAUACUCCGCAGUUACAACACAUUUAACUUUUACAAAUUUGAUAUUACUUUUCGGUUUAGUCGAUGAUAGUCGCCGAGAAUUUUUCAAAGGAGAAUCUAGCUAGAAAGAUCAUCAGUUUGUUUGUUUUAUUGAUUUGGUGAAUCUCUUUUUAGUUGUUUGAUAUUUCGAAUACUGCAAAACAGCUUCGAAAAACUGUUGUACUUGUUCUUCUU